GAACUUCAACAGCAAAAGUAGCAGAACUUCGGCAGCAGAAGCAGCAGCAGCAGAAGUAGCAGCAGCAGCAGCAGAAGUAGCAGCAGCGGCAGCAGCGGCAGCAGGAGCUCCGGCAGCAGCAGGAGCCGCAGCCCGCGCGGUGCCCGCGUCCCCGAUGAGCGCCGCCGCCGCUCUCUACAGCCUGGACUCGCCCUCGUGCUACAAGAGCUGGUGCCCGGAGCCCGCCAACUUCUACGACGCCAAGGUGGGCAGCGGCGGCGGCCCCGGCCCCGCCUGCAAGCCGGGCGGCCGCGGGAUGAGCGGCGAGGAGGCGGGCGGCAGCGGGUCCAGCCUGGCGGAGCUGAGCGCCGCCGCCCCGGCCAUGUACGAGGACGAGAGCGCCAUCGACUUCAGCUCCUACAUUGACUCCAUGUCGGCCGUGCCCAACCUGGAGCUGUGCAACGACGAGCUCUUCGCCGACCUCUUCAACAGCAACCACAAGCCCGAGCGGGGCGGGGACUACGGCGAGUACCUGCCCGGCCGCGACCCCGCCAAGGACCUGGGCGCUGCCAUGACCGCCCUGCUGGGCGCCGAGCCCCGCGCCGCCUCCUCCGCCUCCUCCUCCUCCUCCUCUCCCUCCUCCUCCUCUUCCUCCUCCUCCUCGCGCGGCGCCCUGAAGCAGGAGCCGGACUGGAGCGACAGCGACCUCUCCUCGUCGCUGCUGCCCUCGCAGAUCGCCACCUGCGCGCAGACCAUCAUGAACCUGAGCGGGCAGCCCACGCCGCCCACCUCCCCCGAGCCGCCGGGCAGCAGCUCGCCCUCCAGCUGCAGCACCCGCUCCCCGGGCCCCUCCGGCCCCUCGCAGGGCGUCCCGGGGGCCGGCGGCAAGGAGCGCGGCGGCAAGAAGUGCGUGGACAGGUUUAGCCCCGAGUACCGGCAGCGCCGGGAGCGCAACAACAUCGCGGUGCGCAAGAGCCGCGACAAGGCGAAGCGGCGCAACCAGGAGAUGCAGCAGAAGCUGCUGGAGCUCUCGGCCGAGAACGAGAAGCUGCACAAGAAGAUCGAGCAGCUCACCCGGGACUUGACCAGCCUCCGGCACUUCUUUAAGCAGCUGCCCGGCGCCCCUUUCCUCCAGCCCGGCUCGGGCACCGACUGCCGGUAACGCGCGGGGCGGCGGCACGGAGGGACGGGCUCCGAGAGACCGUGGAUAAAUACCUCAGGGGGCCGAGAGGGGCGAGCCGAGCUGUGCCGAGACCUUCCUGAGCCGGGCCGGGCCGAGCCGUGUCGGGCGCUGCCGAGCCGUGCCGGGCAUUGCCGAGCUAUGCCGAGCACUGCUAAGCCCGUGCCGAGCCGUGCCGGGCGCUGCCGAGCCGGUGCGGGGAGGAGGCGCGGAGCCGCGGCUGUAGCUGCCGCUCCAUGGAUGUUUGGCGGCGAUGGGGCGAUGCCCGCGUCUUUCACCGCGAAACUUGAAAAAAAAAAAAAAAAAAAAGAAAAAAAUACCAACCCAAAGCUAAAUAUCUUCUUUUUUUCUUCUUGUUUUUUUUUUUUUCUCCCCUUAAAUUAUUUUUGUAAUGGUAGUUUUGGUCUUUUCCACAUUUUACUCACGCCGCCGCAGCUAUGGUACAUCUGUUAAAAAAUGAUUCAAAACCCCAUGUAUUUUAGACAGUAGGAUGGAAAACAGAAAAGACUGAGCAUGCUCGACCUUUUAUAUCAGUUUUUACAGCAUUUCUAAGAAUAAAAGAAAAAAGCAUUUUAAAUCGA